CUUCCAUCACCUAAUCUGUCUCAAAGUAUAAAACCAAAACAGUCUAAAACAGUCAAAGUCCAAACAAGUCAGUGUUUAGAGACACAGCCUUACCCAGAGUUUAAGUUUCAUCACACGUUUUCCAUGCUUGUAGUAGGACCGACGCAAUGUGGGAAAACUUACUUCGUGCAACAAGUAUUAACCAAGAAUUGUAUCAAGUACCCAAGUGAGAAAUCUACACAGAUUUACUGGUUCUAUAAUCAAUGGCAACCAAGGUAUGAUGCAUUGAAACGAGCGCUAAAAAAGAGGAUUCAAUUUACCCAAGGGUUACCAGACCUAAGCGAAGAUCUCAAUGAAAUCAAUCCUGAGUAUAACAAUAUAUUGGUGUUUGAUGAUUUGAUGUCUCAAGCCAUAGAUAGUCCUGUGUUAUCACAGCUGUUUACACAAGGCAGACAUCAUAAUGCGAGUGUCAUUUUACUCCUACAGAACAUGUUUCCGAAAGGAAAAUACAACACAGACAUCAGUAGAAAUGCACAGUAUGUGGUGUUGUUUCGAAGCCCUAGUGAUCGGAAGCAAAUAGAUAUUAUCGCAGAGCGAACAUUUGCAAAGGAUCGCAAAAACUUUAUGUCUGCGUAUGCUAAAGAAACAGCGAAGCCUUAUGGGUAUAUUUUGAUCGACAACCAACCGAAAACCACGAGUGAGAAACAAGUGGUCUCCGAGGUGUUUGGAAAGUGCAAAAGCUAUCCACACAUCAGUACACAG